AUGCGCUUUCGCCAAUUUCUCGCCCUUUCUAGCCUCAUGCUAGCCGGCAACCUCGCCCUGGCCGCUGAGCUAGAUCGCGAUGACGUCCCGGACAUGUGCCGCACAGUCUGUGAGCCAGUCGUAAGCGCCGCAGCGCGAUGUGACAGAGACAAUGACAACGACACAUCCGAGAUGAACUGCAUCUGCAACUCAGACCAGGCAGAUACCCGCGUCCCUCAAUGCGAGGCGUGCAUUGCUCAGUACAGAUCUGAUCAUCCGCGCGAUGACGAUUAUGAUGGCUCUGAUGAGGAGGACGGCGAUGAAGAUGACGACGAUGCUGAUCCGCAUGAUAAUGACGCGUACGACAUCCUCACCUCAUGCGACUUCACCACGACCACCUAUGCCCCGGCUGGUAGGUCAAACAACGGCUCAGUCUCUCCAACAUCUUCCCCGUCUAUUUCGCCAUCGUCUACCGCAACUCCAACGUCUUCGCCUUCGGUCUCUCGCACUUCCAACAUCGUCGUCACUGAGACCUCGUCAAUCCCUGGCCGGCGUUAUUGA